AUGUUCGGCGAGCUUCUGGUGGCCACAGCUUCUUUGUACGCGGUGGUGUUGUGUAGCAAACACGGAGGAGGGAAGAAGCCGGAAAAAAUCCUGAAGCCAAAGACUCCCGUGGUCCCUGAAGCCGUUCCUACGCCCAAGAAAGUUCGCGAACAAAUCAUGUCGGACCAAAACUAAAAAUUUUUUGGGAAAACCAAAUAUCAAUCAAAUCUUCUUUCACGAAAGUUAAGAUAUUAUUAUGGGCCGUAUAAGUUAUACAGUAGAACGAUCGCCUAAAGAUUUUUCAUGAAUAUGUAGUGCCGUGUUCAAAGUAAUUUCCGCGAAAUGCGAAAUUGUCUCUGACCCUCCAAAAUUUAGUUAUCUUUCUCUUUCUCUGACGGCUAUUUUGAAUUUCGCGGAAUCACUUUGAACACGGCAUAGGUAUUGGUAUGUGCUCGUGUACAAAAAAACCUUUGAAAAAAACUUGAAUUUUUUAAAAAAAUAUGGGAGGCAGGGGCAGGGGGUGGGACGCUCUUUUUUUCUGUAUGUUCUACUAUUUUUUUGAUGCACACAUGAAUAUAAUCAAUAAAUGAUUGAAAAGGGAAUGAAAAAGAGUGAUAAGAGCUUUCCAAAUAGUCGCUGGCGGUUGAACUGAACUCCUGCCAAGAACCGCGUACGCACACGCUACGCGUCCCGUCCCUUGUUAACAGCUGUUUUCAUUCGUAUUUCGAGUCGCGAAAAAUUGACUAUGCGAGUAAAUUUAAAAUUACUACGUCGAAAGUACUAUGUUCGCUGAAACUUGAACUUGAUGAAUGUGAUUGAGCUUGAAUUGAACCGAAAGACGAAUAAAAUAUGAAUAUUUUUGGGUAUCAUAUAAUAAAGUUUUCUCAGACGAAAACACCGAGCUCCAGGAGAGUGAUUGAGCAAAAAAAGAAAUGCGAAGUAAACGUGAAAGAAAGCGUCAGGGGAAGUCCGCGGAAGAGGUCGAAGAGGUCGGAAAAGUCGGAGAGGCGGAAAGAGCUGGAGAUGGACGACGCGAAUCUGGCUCCGACCCAGUGAGUCCGACUCUUUGUCUCUCUGUGACCGUCGAUUGCCAGAAGCAUGAUGGCGCCUUCGCGAAUAGUUUCAGUGCCGCGUGCUGAUGUCGAGACUUCCCUCCGAUCGUCAAGGGUACGCCUACCUCCAGUCCAAAUUAACCUUUCUCUUGUUUCAGCCCCUAUCCAAAGACUGGUGGCCCGACAAAAAUGAAAUUCCAUCCAAGUAAGGCGGCUUCUGAGAUGCGGAUCCAAGACCUUCGAUUUUCAGAUUGGAACCAUAG